AUGCACAAGGAUCUUCUUUAUCGUUUUGCAUUUGGUAUCACAAUGGAGGACACGCAAUUGAGACUGUGGCUCAGCAAUUGUGCAUUCCUUGUGGUUACGGAACCUAUCAACUUCUUUGAGAACAUUGAUGGUGUUAUCUUGCUCUUUUACGCUCUUGGAUCUGGAUCUGGAUCUUCUACUAUAAAAGAGCUCGGAUGGGACCCCACUGUCAAGCAGAUCCAAGAUGGGGAGGGUUUCCAAUACAAGUUCACUAUCGGGGAUGAAGUGUUCACCACGACACGUGAACUUGCAACCUAUGGCACAGACUCUAUGGUUGGGCAUGGAACUCGCAUGUAUGAAGCUACAGACGCUGAGGGAAAGAAAGUUGCUGUCAAAGAUUCAUGGAGAGAAGCUGGAUGUCAACCAGAGGGCGAGAUCCUAGAAAACAUCUUGGCUUCCUGUGUGGAGAAGCUGCAAGUGGAGGGUUUGGCGGAUGCCAAGAGGCACUUCAUUGGAGUCCAGCUCUGGAAGGAUGUGAUAAUCAACGAUACCCCAGACGGAUGCUGA